AUGUAUCGGACGAAUCCACAAAUUCAUGGCUUUCGAAUCAUCAUGGCCCAGAUCAUAUUUGGCUUGUUAAUUGUCCCGCUGGCUUCUUCAUACCCAUUUGGUGGAGUCGAGACCCGCGCUUCAAGCGUCCAAGACUGCUUAACUCAGCACUCUGUUCCAUAUCAAGAUAGUUCCUCAUCUUCAUGGGCUACGACCAUUUCCCCUUAUAAUCUUCGGUUACCAUAUACCCCAGCUGUUGUCACUUUACCUACCACCUCACAACAUGUGAGUGACGCAAUCACUUGUGCGGCCGCUGCCGGACUUAAAGUACAGGCAAAAUCAGGCGGGCACUCAUAUGCUAGCUAUUCAACUGGUGGUAAAGAUGGAAGUCUCAUCGUCAGUCUCGAGAACUUCAAUUCUAUAAGCGUUGAUGCUCAAACCAACAUUGCUACCGUUGGGGGAGGUGUACGUUUAGGAAAUCUCGCUCUUGGACUCUACAGUCAGGGUAAACGAGCUGUUCCACAUGGGACAUGUCCAGGGGUUGGAAUAGGUGGACAUUUCACUCAUGGAGGUUAUGGAUACGCAUCUAGACUCUGGGGUCUGGCUCUUGAUACUAUCGUUGGUCUCGAUGUGGUUCUUGCCAAUGGAACACAACUCCACACUACGGCCACAGCUUAUCCCGAUAUUUUCUACGCAAUGAGAGGAGCUGCCGAUUCGUUUGCUAUUGCGACAGCCUUCUACCUCCAAACCUUUGCCGCUCCAUCGUCCGUUCUUACCUUCGCAGCGAGUAUUCCCGCAACACUAGAUAGUGUCAGCACUGCUGUCUCAUCCUUCACCAAACUUCAAGAACUUACUCUCGACUCUAUCAAAAUCAAUAAAAAUAUCACAUUAGGUAUUUAUACAGACAACUAUGGAUCAUUCAGUCUUAGUGGCUGGUGUAUGAGCUGUGAUCAGACCCAAUUCGAGAGCGUCACUUUCCCAGCAAUAUUGUCCGCUUUUCCCACCGCCGAUACCAGCAGUGUUAAAUCUCUAGGAUGGACAGAUGCUUUAGUGAGUGCAAACAAUGGAGGACAACUUGAGGAACCAUUAACUGGAUAUGUUGCUCACGACACAUUUUAUGCCAAAUCUGUGGUUACGAAGAACGCAGAGCCGUUGACUUCCGCUCAGCUAACUAGCUACUUCACCUACAUUCUGAAUCAAGGAAGAAGUGCUCCUUCCCCUUGGUAUACUAUUAUUGAUUUGUAUGGAGGUGCCGAUAGUCAGAUAAAUGUGCCUUCUUCUGACUCUUCGGCAUACUCUGAUCGUGACGCUCAUUGGGUUUUCCAGAACUACGGCUUUACAUCCAACUCUUUGCCACCAUAUGAUGACGCUAUAACACCCUUCGUCGACUCUCUCAAUAGCGCUCUUUCAGCAGGUGCACCUAGCGUUUUUGGGGCAUAUCUCAACUAUGUAGACCCAGAACUAAGUGCAAACGAUGCCGCGAUGCUCGGAUACGGACAAACUGCCUAUAACAAAUUAUUAGCGAUUAAACAAACCAUUGAUCCCAACGAAGUGUUCUGGAAUCCACAGAGUAUUGGCGCUGCUGAUGAUAACACUGGAAACAAUGGUAGUAGUGGAACCGCAAGCUCAGCUACGUCUAUAUCUACACCUGCACCAACAUCUUCAUCUACGACGUCAAAAGCUACUGCAACAUCGUCGUUGAAAGUCUCAACUGAUGCGUCGUGUGGCAAUGGGUAUACGUGCCAGGGAAGCUCGUUUGGACAUUGCUGUUCUCAGUAUGGAUGGUGUGGCAGCACGAGUACGUACUGUGGAACUGGGUGUCAAAGUGGAUUUGGAACUUGCUCGUGA